AUGACUAAUCAGAAUGUGGUUGUAGUGAUAUGUGGUGCACUGCGGCUUCUAAUUUCAGCGACUUUUCCAUCACUCAGAUCACAGUUGGAUAAUACAGUUGAGUUCUCUACACCAUUUACCUCUUUCAAAUCAUUAUCAGAAGGUGUUUUUCUAUAUGACAAUGGUUUCCCUUUAUAUAAUGGUGGUGUGGUGCACCACUCGCCCUUGCUCAUCGCAUUCAUGUCUGUCAUCAUGAAAUUUAGGCUGGAUGGUCUUCUCUACGCCGUUAUCGAUUGCAUAAUAUGCUGGCAACUUAUGGAAAUUGUGAAAUCUAAUAAUGCGACUAUUUUACAACUGUUGCAAAAGAAAGACCAUAUCCUAAUUGGAAUCAUCUACGCAUUGAACCCCUUAUUGGUAUUGUCCAACAUUAGCGGAUCAACUGUUAUUUUCACACAUUUUGCAAUAUCAUCUGCAUUAUAUUUCUCUUCUAAGGGUAGGUACACGACUUCAACAUUUUUCAUGGCACUGGCAAGCUCGUUGUCUAUAUAUUCCAUACUGUUAGUGAUUCCAUUCUUAGCACUAAAUGUGCGUUCCUCAGAGAAAGCUGCUGGUUCCAAACAAUUUAAGAUGCUCUUGAGAGAUAAUCUACAAUCAUAUCUUUUGUUUUUCAGUCUUUUACUAUUAUGGAGUUAUAAGGUAUCCUAUCAAUCUUUUGACUUUCUUAGCGCAUGCUAUUUCCAAUAUAUGACAUUUGCUAAAUCGUUUCCAAAUAUAGGCCUAUGGUGGUAUUUCUUCAUCGAAAUGUUCAGUUCUUUCAUACCUUUUUUUAAGGGGGUCUUUAAUUUAUUACUAGUAUGUUUUAUUUUACCUUUCACUAUUAGAUUUAAUCGUUUGCCUAUUGUAGCAUUCGUUUUGUCACUUGGCUGGAUUGUUUUGAUUAACCCUUAUCCAACACUUGGGGCAUAUGGUUUCCUAAUAAGUUUAGUACCUCUAUUUGAUAAGAUCUAUGGCUACAUGAAAUAUCCUGUAAUAUCUUUUUUACUUUUGAUGCACGCAGUAAUUCUAUCUCCUUUGUUCUAUCACUUAUGGAUCGACCUUGGCUCAGGAAAUAGUAACUUCUUCUUCGCUUUGACAUUUGUCUAUGCAUUAGGACUUUCAUCCAUUUUGUCUGAUUUAAUAUGGGGUUCCCUAAGGCUAGAAUACGAUGGCAGAAAACAAGAUUUUAACAAGAGAGUAACGCAAAUAUAA